GUUGUUCUCGCCUGCCGGGUGGUUAGUUUCUCUGUAACCAAUCUCGUCAGAAGUUAUCCUUCAAACGGCACGAAAAGUUACAGCGUGGAUGAAAAUAAACAGCCACUGCAUACCCGCAGACUGGCCACUUAAAGAUCAAACACUGCAGAGACCGAAUUAAAGAGUUUCGCUUAAAAGUAGCGGCAAGGCUAUUGAAAAUAUCUGAAGCUGGGUUGAUUCAACCACUGCAGAGUCACCUCGGAUCGACACAGACCAGCAUUUCUUUGAAAGGGCCAUGAUGUCAUUAUAGCGUUAACUUUUCAUGAUGCCUCCUGCUAUGACAGACAUCUUGGAUAUCUGGGCAGUUGAUUCCCAGAUCUCAGCGGAUAACAGCAUCACUGUAGACUUCUUGCUACCAACAGGGACGUACAUUCAGUUGGAUGUCCCACGAGAGGCCACCAUUCAACAUAUCAAAUUGCUCCUAUGGAGGCAGGCACAAGCUUAUCCACUAUACAAUGUACUUGGCGAAUCGGAUUCCUAUAUGUUUCAAUGUGUGAACCAGUCAGCAGUGCAUGAAGAGCUGGAGGAUGAAUCUCGCCGUCUCUGUGAUGUCAGACCUUUCCUCCCUGUUCUAAAGCUUGUAACUAGGAAUUGCAAUAGGGCUGAAAAACUACUGGAUUCAAAAAUUGGUGUUCUUAUUGGGAAAGGUCUUCAUGAAUUUGAUGCUCUGACGGACCCUGAGGUGAAAGAAUUUCGCAGCAAGAUGCGCAAGAUCAAUGAGGAAAACAUGUUGAAACGUCAGGGACUUUCCUGGAUGGACUGGUUGCAGCACAAUUUUCCUCCUGACAUUGAAGCUACCAGCUUUAACAGUGCUGAAGACAAGCUACAUAAAGAAAAUUUCCUUGUAGUCAUUCGAUUUGACACUUGUCACGAUACCUUCAGUUUCCAAAUAUCUCCCGACGUAAACCCUUUUGGCUUAAAUGAGCUUGCCAUCAGGAAACAGCUGACCAACCUCGGAAGGGAGAAUGAGGAGUUCAAUCCUCGAGAUUUUGUACUACGUGUGAGUGGAAAGCAGGAGUACCUGUUUGGUGAGCAACCACUGAUUCAGUUUCGGUAUAUAAGGAACUGUGUAUUAAAUGGAGUCCAUCCUCAGCUGACCGUGGUGGAGUGCAGCACCAUCAAAGAGAUGUGUGAUCAAGAAAUGUCAGCCAUUGGCAUUGCCUUGCACCGUAAAAUAUCCACUGCUCCUCUUCCUCUGCCACCCAAGAGACGGACCAUUUCUCAAAUGACAAAUAGUAUUUGGGACGUCAAUGUUCCUUUCAAGAUUGUUCUUGUCCGAGGGACCAAAGUAAAUGCAGAUGAAGCUUUGCGGGUUCAAGUCAGGGCCGGGAUUUUCCAUGGAACUGAGCUCCUCUGUAAACCUGUUGUAAGCAGUGAGAUUUCUGGAAAAAAUGAUCUUGUCUGGAAUGAGACGCUGGACUUUGAAAUUAACAUCUGUGACCUGCCAAGAAUGUCUAGACUCUGUUUUGCAGUGUAUGGAGUGAUGGAUAAAGUGAAGAAACAAAAAUCGACAAAGAAUGUGUCUAAGUACCAGACCAUUCGGAAAGCAGGAAAAGUACAUUAUCCAAUUGCAUGGGUGAAUACAAUGGUAUUUAACUUCAGGGGUCAGUUGAAGAAUGGCGAUCUCUUGCUGCACUGUUGGUCAUCUUUUCCUGAUGAACUGGAAGAAAUGCUGAACCCAAUGGGUACAACACAGACCAAUCCAUACACUGAGAAUGCUACAGCUUUGCAGAUCCAAUUCCAAGAAUACAGCAAAUCACCAAUCUUCUAUCCUGCUUUUGACAAGAUUUUGGAGAAGGCAGCCGAGAUUGCACGAAGCAAUGACACACUAAGUACAGCAGGCCGAGGAUGGAAGAAAUUGCAUAUUGAACUAAAGGAAAUCAUGGAACGAGAUCCAUUGUCUCAACUAUGUGAAAAUGAGAUGGAUUUAUUAUGGACUCUGCGAUAUGACUGCCGUGAAAACUUUCCCCAGUCACUGCCUAAGCUGCUACUCUCAGUAAAGUGGAAUAAGCAUGAAGAUGUGGCUCAGCUCCAAGCAUUACUCCAAAUAUGGACCAAACUACCACCCAGGGAAGCAUUAGAAUUGCUGGACUUCAACUACCCAGACCAAUAUGUACGAGAGUAUGCUGUGGGAUGCUUGAGAGAAAUGAGUGAUGAAGAACUUUCUCAGUAUCUCCUACAGCUGGUGCAAGUACUGAAAUACGAGCCAUACUUCGACUGUGCACUUUCCAAAUUUCUCUUGGAGCGAGCACAAGCCAACAGAAGGAUAGGCCACUUCUUAUUUUGGCACCUCAGGUCCGAAAUGCAUCUGCCUGCAAUUUCACUGCAGUUUGGGUUGAUCCUCGAGUCAUACUGUCGAGGAAGUAUUACACAUAUCAAAGAGCUUUCCAAACAGGUGGAAGCCUUGAAUAAGAUGAAAGCCAUCAAUAAUCUAGUAAAAAUUAGCUCCCUGAAGGUGGCAAAGAAUAAAUUAAAGGACUUGAUGCAUACCUGCUUAAAACAACCCGUGUACAAAGAAGCAUUAUCUGACUUCAAGUCACCACUGGAUCCCAGUGUUAUCCUUUCAGAACUGAAUAUCGACAAAUGCAAGUUCAUGGAUUCCAAAAUGAAGCCUCUUUGGAUUCUAUAUAACAAUAAGAUGUUGGGAGGAGAGCCGGUGGGAAUUAUCUUCAAAAAUGGUGAUGAUCUGCGACAAGACAUGCUGGCUCUGCAAAUUCUGCACUUGAUGGACUUGCUAUGGAAGGAGGCAGGCUUAGACCUCAGAAUUGUGCCUUAUGGCUGCCUUGCAACGGGAGACAAAUCUGGUAUUAUUCAGGUGGUUUCUGCUUCAGAAACAAUAGCCAAUAUCCAGCUAAACAACAGUAAUGUUGCCGCUACUGCUGCCUUCAACAAAGAUGCUUUGCUGAACUGGCUUAAAGAGAAGAAUUCUCCGGAUGCCCUUGAACGAGCAAUUGAGGAGUUUACUCUGUCAUGUGCUGGCUACUGUGUAGCAACCUAUGUUCUAGGGAUUGGGGACAGACAUAGUGACAACAUCAUGGUCCGGGAAUCUGGUCAGCUGUUUCAUAUCGACUUUGGCCAUAUUCUUGGUAAUUUCAAGUCCAAGUUUGGGAUUAAGAGAGAACGUGUGCCUUUCAUUCUUACCCAUGACUUCAUCCAUGUCAUACAACAAGGAAAAACUGGAAACACAGAAAAAUUUAGCAGGUUUCGUCAGUGUUGUGAAGAAGCAUAUUUAAUUCUACGCAAGAAUGGAAACUUGUUCAUUACGCUGUUUGCGCUCAUGUUGACAGCAGGACUACCCGAGCUAAGCUCUAUCAAAGACAUCCAGUAUCUCAAGGACUCACUGGCUUUAGGAAAAAGUGACGAGGAAGCAUUGAAGCAGUUUCGACAAAAGUUUGAUGAGGCCCUUCGUGAAAGCUGGACAACUAAAGUGAACUGGAUGGCUCAUAUUGUGGCUAAAGAUGGGCGGUCCUAGCAAGAAAUGAAAAUACUACAGCCUGUUAAAUUAGGGAG